ACUAGUUCUAGAAUUGGCGCAGGGAUUCUUAGUGGCUGGCCUUCUCUAUCGGCUUCCAUUUUUUUCUAUCCUCCGCCAAACUUAAUUCCACAACGCUCUCACAUUGCCCUUCAACUUCUCAGUAUAAUAAUCCAUCAAUAGAAAACCACAGACUCAAUCAGACUCAAAAAGUCUGUCAAUUCAAACAAGACUUAUCAUAUACUACACCAAUUCAACCACAUUAUGCUCAAGCGGCUCCCACGCCUUACAAUCACUCGUCUAUACAACACUACAUUCGCACCUCGCUUCUCCAGUACAAUGUCCAACAACGAUCAUCAAGCGCAGACAGGGUCCAGCGAAGCUAAGGAUACCAACAAGACACCACUUCCUCUUCCAGCCCCAGAACACGCCGCCGCAGACCAGGGCGAUGACGUGACGUCUCUGCGCGUGGGCGAGUCUGUUAAGCUCGACGCCAUGGGCCCCCUCGUUGUAAACACAGAUGGCACUAUGGGUAGGAUUGGAAACUGGGCGGGUAUGACGGAGCAUGAGAGGGCGCAGACGUUGAGAUUGUUGGGAAAGAGGAAUAAGGAGAGGAUGGAUGUUCUUAAGGCUAAGAAAGCGGAGGAGGAUCAAAAGUCAGACGCCAAUGUCGAGAAAUGAGGGUGAUUUAAUGGUCCACGAGACAUAAUAGAGGCUCUCGGAUGGUCGGAUGGUGAUUAGGAUACUGGACAUUAGAUGCAAUGGAUGACAUUAUGACU